AUGACAGAAACGCCGAAAAAAGAACGCAGCAAGCGAGUUUCCAUUGAACUCACCGGUGAAUUGCUGGACGCGGGCCCCAAAUCGCCGCAAACGCCGUCUCCGCCUAGUAAUAGAGGAAGACGGUCUUCUACGUCACUGGGAUUUUUAGCAUCGCCAUUAGGGAAAGACAACCGGAAUGUUGGUAUCGGUGGUGGUGGCAAUGACCGAAUUACUCUUCCUAAAUCACCGAGUGCCAGGUCACGCCUUUUGCCUCCCGUGACACCCAAAUCGCGGAGUUCAGAGGUAUUUCUUUCGCCGUCACCCAAGCUGAAGUCGCCGGGGGUUACAAAGGACAGCGAGAAGCCGAUUCGCGAAAUAUCGAACAAUCUUAAGACCAGACUUAAUUACGCUUUUGUCAAGCUGCAGCACGGUUGGACUGAUAAAAGCUUAGUAGAACUCGAAUCCGAGUUCGAGAAAACUGCAGGUCAACAGCCCCAAGAAGGUAAACGAUUGUCGCAGCCCAGCUCUCUAGAUGCCGCCACGGCUGGAGGGCCCUCAAAAGAGGAACUUCUGUCCGGUUCGUCGAACUAUAGCAAUGCAUUCAUGAAACAGGACGAGGAUGACAGCAACUCAGCCCACGUCGCAUUGCUGAACGCUCUUUCAAGUCCUAAACGGAAACGUCCGCCCUCUCCGGGUUCUUCAACUUUUUGGGCAAAUAGGUCACGUCACUUGGCUCCAAUAUCCACAUCUGCGCCAGCGAAAGACAAUUCCAAAAAUGGCGGCCAACCUUCUGAAGCGGAAGCCAUUGAAACGCUCAUGUCUCUAGCGUCGCCCAAGAAGAAAUCGCAUCAAGAAAUCAGCACAGACUUUUCACUUCCGGCACCUCCGACGCUGUCGAAAGAUUUGGACCAGCCAAAGAUGGCAUAUUCGUCAAGGUCUUCGUCAGCAUCGUCAUUACAAAACACUCUAUCGAAACCCUUUCUUUUAUCGAACGAAUCCGGCCAAAAGGCGAGUGCGCUCUUAGACGUCGAGACGGAUGUUGAAGAACAGAAUGACGACGAGAACGAGAUUUGA